AUGCGGACUCCAGAGAGCCAGCCCCUGGAGGGCCGCCUAUUAACGAGGACCGACCACCGUCCUCAAACCGGCGCCUCCCUGACCGCGGGGAUGGCGCGGGAAGUAAAAUCUGUCUCCAGGGCCUUGGAAGGACUGCUGCAGGACCAAGAGUGGGACCGGGCAGAAGCGGCCCCCCUUAGCCAGAACACCGGCGGAGGAGGAAGGAAGAGGAUGCGGGAGGCCGCCAACACAAGCGGCAGCUCCUCCGGGAGGGAGUCUCCCGCCCUGGAGCCAGUAAAGAAGAGACCGGGUCGGCGACCCACCACUGGGGAAGGGGCGGGGGCAAGGAAGAAAAGGGAAAUGGAGAGGAAGAAGGAGGAAGAGAGCCAAAGACUGGAGGAGGAUGUCCGGUUACUCCUCGACACGGGAAUGCUGAGGUCCCUUGAGGACAAGCGCCCGGUCGAGGAGGUGUUCCGCGAUAACGCCACUAUCACGCUCCUUAGAGAGGCCAGGGUGACCGAACUAGCCUCGGAGGUGGGUCGAGUCUUGGGCGCGGUCCGAUUGGUCGCACGGAGGUCCCGCACGUUGAAGGGGACCUUCGUGGGACUAUUGAACCGCGCUGUGGCCACCUCCGAGGCCGUGAUGGCCACUCUGCUGGCGCGCACAGCAGAGCAGGACUGCAGAGGAGGGGAGGCCUCCGAGACGAAAAGGGAGGCAGAAGAGCUCCGGAUGGAGCUGAAGAAGUUGCGCGUGGAGAAUAGGAAGUUGGGCGAGGAGUUGGAGGCUAUGAAGGCCUCCACCUCCUCGGUGGAAGUCCAGGAGGAAGGUGUGCUCACGGGUGAUCUCAUCCAUCUGAAUUGGGAACCGGAGACCAUCGAGGACCUAGCACCUUUGCCGAGAAGGAAAAGAAGAGGGGAAAAGGAGGAGGCCCACAGGGACGAAGAUGACCCGAAGGUAAGGAGGGUGGAGCCCCCGGGCACACCCCCAACAACUGUAGAUAAAAGGGAGUCGGAGGGAGCGCUGCCCCUGACUCCCCUUCUGGUUGGUCCCCCCUCGUACUCCCGAGAGGAGGAGGCCACAAAGGUAGGGACCCCCCAUGUCUCCGCGGAGACGCACGCACUGGAAGCCACCGAGGCCAGAGCCUCCUCCUGUGAGAUCGGAACGGCGUUGCCGCCCGGGGUCUCGCAGGAGGAGGUGGAAGUAGGCAGCCCGGAGGAGGCGUGA